AAUCAAUACAACCUUUAUAUUCCACUACAACCUCCACUCACACACACUCAAUUUCACACAGUAUAUUCACUGUGAUUUCGAAUUUUCGAUCACCACAGGAUCAACAAUGGCCAGCGUCGGUGAAUCAGACAAAUAUCUACUCAACCGCCACAAGGAGAGCCACUUUACAGCCGGUGAAAUCGUCCGUACUGACGUCAUCAUCGGCGUUUCUGACGGUCUUACGGUGCCGUUUGCUCUUGCAGCAGGACUUUCCGGUGCUAACGCUUCAUCUUCAUUUCUUACUGGUAUAGCGGAGGUUGCUGCCGGUGCGAUUUCGAUGGGACUCGGCGGGUAUUUGGCUGCAAAAAGUGAAGCUGAUCAUUACACUAGAGAGCUACAAAGAGAACAAGAAGAAAUUGAUACCAUACCUGAUACAGAGGCGGCUGAAGUGGCGGAGAUACUGGCGGAGUAUGGGGUGGAGCCGCAUGAGUACGGGCCGGUGGUGAAUGCUCUCAGGAAGAACCCGAAAGCAUGGCUUGAUUUCAUGAUGAAAUUUGAACUUGGGCUCGAAAAGCCUGAUCAAAGAGCACUUCAAAGCGCGUUCACCAUAGCAGUUGCAUACAUAUUGGGUGGGUUGGUUCCACUUUUCCCUUACAUGAUCAUCCCAGUGGCUCAAAAAGCCGUGGUUGCCUCGGUUAUUGUCACCAUUUUAGCGUUGUUGAUCUUCGGAUACGCCAAAGGCUACUUCACUGGUAGCAAACCAGUGUGGAGUGCCUUGCAAACAGCCCUAAUUGGAGCCAUAGCGUCCGCAGCUGCUUUUGGCAUGGCUAAGGCUGUACAAGGGUAGCUAACCGUUUUCUUGAUAUUGUUUCUGUUUUGAUUCGACUUUAAAAGUAAAAUUGUUGUUUCUUGGACUUUGGAUAUUAAAAUUUGGGCUCUUUGGAAAAUGGCUUGUUAUGUUAUCCUAUA